AUUUAUCACACUUUACUGUCUAUAUAAACCCCUUAAACCUUCGUUUUGACCACACAGCAUCGAUUACUGACUACAAAACUUACACUACCUAGCAUAAGCAUAAACAUUAGUUCAUAAGCAACGAAUCCAAAAGAUGGCAUCUAAACAACAAAACCGAAACGAGCUUGAUGAAAAGGCAAAGCAAGGAGAGACAGUUGUUCCUGGUGGCACCGGAGGCAAGAGCCUUGAAGCUCAGGAGCAUCUUGCUGAAGGAAGGAGCAGGGGAGGACAGACAAGGAAGGAGCAGAUUGGGACAGAAGGGUAUCAGGAAAUGGGACGUAAAGGUGGUUUGAGCACUAUGGAUAAGUCAGGAGGAGAACGUGCUGAGGAGGAAGGUGUUGAGAUUGAUGAGUCUAAGUUCAAGACUGGUGGUAAGAAUCAGAACAAGUGAUGAUCGACAUGUUGUGUGUGCUGACAUAUGCUAGCUAACUUUAAUGUGUGUCAAACUAGUUUUCUUAGGUUGAUUUGGUCGUAAGUGAUCAAAGUGUCUUGUCUGUUUUUGUUUUUGGAAUAAAGUAGCUAUAGCAUGUGUUAUAGACGAUGUUAAUGUCUUAGGUUUGUUUGUUUCCUUGUAAUGUUUUAAGUUAUGACUGUCUUUUAUUGUGAUGAAGGCAUGAGUCUAGGAGACUUUACCUUUGUUUCAAGUAACAGCUAGCAUGUAUGUAAAGACAAUGUUUAAUGUUUAUAGUCUUUCUUAAACA